GAUCCACACGAGUAACGCGUACCAGGCAAUUGCGCUGUUACGCGAGAAAGCACGCUUUUAUUUCUCCCUCUUUCGUGGAAUCAGCAUGUGGUGGAAUGAUACGAUAUGUUCGCAGCUGCUUCGCAACCUUGCAACAUCGUCUGUGUAGAGAUCGAUAUAGUUGUGAGAUGCAUGGCCCAGAUUGUUUAUUCGCAAGCGCCAAAUAUUAGAUCCGGUUGUAAGAACAUUUUUGUGAGCGUUUUUCAUCACGCGGCUAGCAAUCGUGAUGAAUCUGUUGUCAAGCUGGCCUUUUCCAUGACCGAUAAGCUGUAUGCACAGGACUUUUCAAACGAGAUUAAAGACAUGGAAAUUACGAGUGAGGACGCACCAGUAAAGGAAAUGCAAUUCAUGCACGUACAGAUGGAGUUCUGCAAGAAGAGUACGUUAAGAACUGCCAUAGAUAAUAAUUUGUAUGAGGAUGAGGAGUGUGUCUGGAGAUUGUUCCGAGAAAUCGUCGAAGGCCUGGCACAUAUUCAUCAGCAGGUUAUGAUACACAGAGAUUUGAAGCAGUGAACAUCUUUCUUGAUAGCAACGAUCACGUCAAGAUCAGAGAUUUUGGUUUGGUUACCACCAAUAUAUUAUCGAUAUUGGUUCAGAUCAUUGAUGCUGAUAAAGAGUCGCAGUACGUUGAGAAGGGGGGAAGCUAUGAUGUGGAAGAACUGGGAUCUCUCACUGGCCAAGUUGGUACAGAUUUGUACGUAGCGCCCGAGCUUAGCGCGAUGACUGCCAAAGCGAUUUAUAAUCAAAAAGUAGAUAUCUAUAGCUUGGGGAUUAUAUUUUUCGAGAUGACGUACAAGCCGUUAACCACCGGAAUGGAGUGCGUGAAAAUUCUGUAAAAGUCGUAAGGCAUUAGUACAUCCAUCACUGUACUACAAGAGGAAGCUGCAACGAGAGGAUUGGAUGAUGAUGUUCUCAGUCAGCUGACAAAUAUUGUAGAUACAGAUUUACGUUAGUAUUAUACACGAGAUAUCAUUAUUGGGUAACAAUAAGAGUAUUUGGUUCUCGUACACGAGUUCACACAUCUGUCAUGAAAGUUUUUGAUAUUUUUCUAUUUAGCUGCAAGCAAGAGGGUACCCUUAGUGAAGUGUUUAAUUCCAAGCUACAAAGUGCUUGAGAAGAUAGUGAAAUAAUAAUAGUGAAUUAAUAAUCACUUGGUGUUUAUCGUCACUAAAUGAGUUAUCAUUGACUGUAUCGAUAAUCGUAGUUCAGUGGAUCAUGGGUAAUAUUAUAGUUAUCUAGCAAAAGUCUUUGCAUUAAGUACAUGUAUAUAUACACUAUAUAUUAUAUAUGAUAGGUAAUAAACAAUUGCUGUUGCUGUAGGUUUAUGCGACUGUGAAUUGGUAGAUAGAAAAGUGAUUAACAUGUAUUACAAUAUCUUAUUUUAUACAUUUCAUUUUGAAAUAUAUUUAUUUCAUUUCG